GGUUUUUUUUUUCCCAACUUCCACAUGAAUGUGUUUGACGGCUCACUGUUGCUGUCAGUGCAGAAUCCCACUGGAAACCAGAGCUGGGAGGGCUCUUCCUGCCUGGGGGAGGCUCACCAUCUGUCACUCUUUGUUCUUUGCUGUGUCCCACUGAAGGCCAUGCGCAGUGGCAAGCUGCAGACAGGUUUGCUGGUGGCUGGAUACUUUAUCUAUCUGCUUGUGGGUGCUGCUGUGUUCCAGGCACUGGAGAGAACUGCUGAGAAGCAGGAGAAAAUGGCAGCUGCCCAGAUGAAGGAGGCUUUUCUGCAGAACUUCACUCACCUCACAGUGGCGGAAGUGGAACAGUUUAUGAAGAACCUGACUGACGCCAUUCAGAAUGGAGUAUACCCUGUUGGAAAUGAAUCACAGAUUGAAGACAGCAACUGGGAUUUCAGUAACUCCUUCUUCUUUGCAGGCACGGUUGUCUCCACAAUAGGCUAUGGCACAUUACGUCCUAAAACUGCUGGAGGCCAGAUCUUCUGUGUCUUUUUUGCUCUGUUCGGAAUCCCUCUGAAUAUUGUUUUUCUACAUCGUGUCGGUAAGAUGCUCUCACUGCUAUGUAAAAAGCUGGGGAAAUUCCUGUACGAGAAAGGAAUGAGAAAGAAGAAGAUAAAAUUUCUGACCCUUCUGUUUUUCCUGGCAAUGGGGAUCCUAGUUUUUCUGUGCUUGCCGUCACUUUUCUUCCAGAAAACAGAGGGAUGGUCCUACAGCGAAGGAAUUUACUUUGCAUUUAUCACCCUCAGCACCAUUGGCUUUGGAGAUUAUGUAGUAGGUAAACAGCCUGGCAGGAAUUACUUUUCCUACUAUCGAACACUAGUGGCCAUCUGGAUCCUUUUUGGUCUUGCUUGGAUUGCUCUCCUAUUUAAUUUAUUGACAACAGUACUAGAAGAUACUGAAAAAAUAAUUGUCAAGGAUAUCCAUCAAAUUGGAAAGGUGAGUAAGGACAAUGUAGCAAGCCAACAAAGAAGAUGCUGGCCUUCUCAGUUUAUUCCAGAAGAAGAACUACUAUCAGCACAUGCUGGAGGGGAUGCACAGAAAAUGGAGUCAUUAGAACCAGAUUCUGAGCAGACAAAAACGGAAAAAAAUGCUUUUUCUUAGAGCAAAACUAUUGCCAUAACAUAUGAGAAUUGAAUUCUUCAUUGGAGAGUUACUAGUUAAUUAUUCUAAAGAAAUUCCCAUGGAAAUAAAAUUUCUCCUACCUUUGGCUGAGA